UUGUUUUCAAACAAACGUUUGACAAGAACAAUUGGAGUUUUUUUACUUUGUAAAUUCAUUUUAAUUUAUUUUUCUAAAAAAAGCCGCAAAUUUUUUAAACAAAAUGGGUGAACGCAAAGGACAAAAUAAAUACUAUCCGCCUGAUUAUGAUCCAAAAAAAGGAGGUCUCAAUAAAUUCCGUGGCACGCACGCUUUGCGGGAACGGGCAAGGAAAAUCCACUUGGGCAUAAUAAUCAUUAGAUUUGAAAUGCCCUACAAUAUUUGGUGUGAUGGCUGUAAGAAUCACAUAGGAAUGGGUGUUCGUUAUAAUGCGGAAAAGACCAAAGUGGGCAUGUACUAUUCCACUCCCAUCUAUAAGUUUCGCAUGAAAUGUCAUUUAUGUGACAAUCACUUUGAAAUACAAACUGAUCCUGGAAAUUUAGACUAUGUGAUAUUAUCAGGUGCUAGAAGGCAGGAAAAUCGUUGGGAUCCUACACAAAAUGAACAAGUUGUGCCAGAAACAAAAGAAGUACAAAAACGUUUAUUCGACGAUGCCAUGUACAAGUUGGAACAUCAAGCAAAGGAUCAAAAGGCAGGAGAUCAGGCGAAGCCAGUUUUGGAAAAGCUAAUGGAAAGGAAUAAGACAGUAUGGAGUGAUUGUUACGAAGCCAAUUGUAAAUUAAGAGCAGAAUUCAGGACUAAGAAAUCCGAAUUGAAAGCCUUGAAAGAACUUGAUGACAAACUAUUGGCUAAAAGUAGUCUGGACAUAGCACUUUUGCCCGAAACUCAACAGGAUCGUCAGAUGGCUGCUCUAAUGAAACUGCAAAGUAAAACUGCCCAGGAAAGAGAGGAAGAAAAACGCAUCGACAUAUUGCUACAACCAACACUACCAGGAGCAACACAAACUACUUUUGGUGGUCUUAAACGUCAAAAAGCCUUAAGUUCUCAUCUGGAUUACAAACAAUUGGGAAUCAAAAGAAAACUAAAUGAAAGCGAAAGUAGUAAUACAACUAAAAGUAGCACGGAUAUCGAAGGGAAAUGUAGUGGUAAAGGGGAGGAAUCAAUUGAAGAUAUAAAUAAAGCAAAAUUAGAUAAUCCAACAACGUCUACAAAUGUCCCUAAUGCUUGUUUAGUAGAUUUGCCCAAAAGCUUAGCAUUAGUUUGUGACUAUGCCAGUUCCAAUUCUUCAACAGCAUCUCAAUCCUCAGGUCCCUCAGACAAUGAAGAAAGCUAAAUACUAGUAUUUAAUUAGAAUUUUAUUACAUGUAUAAAUAUCAUAAUACAUAAUAGUUUUAAGUAGAAAAUAAUAAAGGUUUUAUAAAUCGGCUGUUUCAGCAGCAUAAGCUUCA